UCAAAUAAAUUAUGUUGCUAUCGAUGCGGCAUCGCUUAAGAAGUUUUGGUUUGAUUUGCUUGCUUGUGUUUACGGCAGUAAGCAGACAAUUUCUGUAAUUAACGAGAAAGCUUUUGGAUUCAUCCCUUUAUUUUUCAAUAUGGGAUUACUUUCUCUGCUGCGGAAAUUAAAAUCUGCUCCAGACCGAGAAUUGCGAAUCUUACUUUUGGGGUUGGAUAAUGCUGGAAAGACUACAAUCUUGAAAAAAUUAGCUUCUGAAGAUGUGACACAUAUUACUCCUACUCAAGGUUUUAAUAUUAAAAGUGUUCAGUCAGAAGGUUUCAAACUAAAUGUCUGGGACAUUGGUGGUCAAAGAAAAAUAAGGCCAUACUGGAGAAACUACUUUGAAAAUACAGAUGUCUUAAUUUAUGUUAUUGAUAGUGCUGACAGGAAACGAUUUGAAGAAACUGGUGUUGAAUUAGCUGAAUUAUUAGCUGAAGAAAAAUUAGCUGGAGUACCUUUGCUUGUUUUUGCCAACAAGCAGGAUCUCUUCAAUGCUGCACCUGCUAGUGAAUUGGCUGAUGGUUUGAAUUUGCCUGCUAUACGGGAUCGUUCUUGGCAGAUCCAAGCUUGUUCUGCUUUAACUGGAGAAGCCUUAAAGGAUGGCUUGGAUUGGGUGUGCAAGAACAUCAAAAAGAAAUAAUCAUGUAUUGAUACAUGUUUGUUUUUCAAAAUAAACUAGUCAUCACCAAUGAGCUACAUUGAUGAACAUGAAUAACACAAAUAGCUUUCACUUUAUUUUAAGUCUGUGAUAGGCUGGUAGCUCCAUGAACACCGUCCGCACUUUGCAGCUUCUGAUGUGCACUGCCAUUGAGUACCAGACUUUAUUUCCUGUUUUGUACACACCAGCCAUAUUACUGUCUGUCAUAUGUUUUUGACAAAUGCUUAUACAAUUUAUUAUUUGACAAAUAUAAAUAUAAAUGCUAUUCUUGUAUAUCCAAUUGUUAAAAUGUAGAUGAUUAAAUAGUCAUAUCACUGUCCAUUUUUUAAAAGUAGAGGAAAAAUAUUUUUUUUUAAACAUUUGUGUCAUUUCUGUGUCUGAUUUUCUGUUUUAGUGAAAUUAGUAUCAUUUAUAAACAAGAUACGUUUUUUAAAUUAUAAUCAUUGUCAGUUUAAUAUGAAUGGAAAAUUUAAAUCAAUGUGAUACAAAAACUCUUUUCUUUUUUUUAUCCUAUAAGAUAUUUAUUUCUUAGUAAAGGAAAUUUAAUGUGAUAAAAUAAUUUGAUUUAGCAUAUUUCAGUUUGUAAAAGUCUUUCAUAUAUACCAUUUUAUGAAGUUACUUAAGAGAGAAAACUUCAUGAUAUAUAUAUUUUUCUUUUCAUUUUUGAAAAAAUAAAUUU